CCACCAUCGUCAGCCCCAAAAGUACCCUCGUCUCUCUCUCUCUCUCUCUGUGAUAAAGCAGCGUAGUCUGAAUCUGAAAACCAUUGAACCAUGAUCAGUCACCGAUCCAUGCUGCGAUUCUCGGGCCGCCCAGGGUUGUUUGAUCGAGCUAUUCGGGUCUUCAGCCCCAGAUCUGAAACCCCUUUCAAAACCCUCACUCAUCGGUCCCUCUUUCGAAUCCCACAAAUAUAUGGUGUUCCAGGUUUGGGGGAUUUGAAAUGCAGGUCUUAUCUCCAUAGCGAUGUUUCAGCUGCAGCUAAUCACAAUGCUGUACCUCAAAUCUUGGGAGCAAUUUUUAGGCAUUUCAUACAUUCUUCAAGUCAUAAGGAGUUUGAGACAGCAAGGAACUCUAGAUCCAUGAAUUUUGUGAGGGGAAUAAUAGAGGAAGAAGGAAAGGGCGUUAUGGGCAGUUCUCAACUUUCUCGGUAUGUUGUUGAGAACAAUGCAGAUAUUGUUCAUAUAAAGCUGCUUCGCAACAAUACCUUUGUCACUGUGACAGAUUCCAAGGGGAACAAAAAAAUUGGGGAUUCCUCGGGAUGUUUGUCAGAAAUGAAAGGAGGGCCUAAACUUUCUCGAUAUGCUGCUGAAGCAACUGCAGAACAUGUUGGUCGGCUAGCAAGGAAUUUGGGACUGAAGUCUGUCGUAAUGAAAGUGAACGGAUUCACUUAUUUCAAGAAAAAGAAGCAAGCAAUCGUGAGCUUCAGAGAGGGCUUUACCUUUUCUCGAGGUGAUCAAAAUCCCAUAGUGUACAUUGAGGACACAACUCGGAAACCCCACAACGGAUGCCGACUCCGAAAGAGACGACGCGUAUAAACUGAAAGCCUGAUGAUGCUCAUUUGUAUGAGGCUUAUAGUGAUGCUUUAGUUAAAUGGAGAAAAUAAGUGGUUUUAAAUUGUUAUAGGUUGCUGGUGUAGUUGUUUUGAUUGGAAAGCAAGAAUUGUGGUGAGAGACAUUGAGGGGCUACUUAGCAUGGUCUAUUUGAACUGAUUGUGAUGUUUAUUUUCAGCUAAGUUAGUAAAUUUAGAAUUUUGUAUGCCUGUUUUGAAAAUCAUUUUCUCAUCUCAGUAUCCACUUCGUUUUAACCCACUGUGGGAGUUGGUUGAAUGCAAUGGGAAAUUUUCUUGAUUUUUAUUGUA